AUGCGCUAUCCUCUUAGUCCCAUUAGCUUUAUCUUCAGCCUGUUCCCUCUCUCUGCAUACGCGCAGGCGCUGUGCAACGGCCAUGCGGAGCUGUGCUCUCGCCAAUACUCAAACAUAACCCAGAUCGGCACCCAUGAUUCAGCCUUCGUCGGCACCAUGCCCACAGACAACCAAGAUGUGAACAUUACAGCGCAACUCGACGCCGGUAUUCGCUUUCUCCAAGCCCAGUCCCACCUAGAUGGCUCUGGGAGUCUGAAUCUCUGCCACACCACCUGCAUGGAAAAGGAUGCCGGCCCCCUCUCCGACUAUCUCACGGACCUCAAAAUAUGGCUCGACGCUAACCCAAACGAGGUCGUCACACUCCUCCUCACGAACGGGGACAACGUCAACAUAAGUCUAUUCGAUACAGCAUUCACAAUCAGCAACCUCAAGAGAUACACUUACACGCCGCCCACUUCCCCUCUCGACCUCUCCGCCUGGCCAACCCUCAACGAACUGAUCGGUAACAACACCCGCCUCAUUGCCUUCCUCGACACCGGCGCCGCGCCCUCGGUAUACUACAUCCUCGACGAGUUCACCUACUUCUUCGAGACUCCCUUCGACGUCACAGACCCGAAGUUUGCCGAAUGCACUCUUGACCGCCCGAAGGGUGCUACCGCUGACGGGCGAAUGUAUAUCGUGAAUCAUUUCCUGGACUUAAGCAUUGGGAGCGUUGAUAUACCGGAUGAUAGCGCGGAUGAUACGACUAAUGCGGCCACGGGAGUGGGAAGUAUUGGGGCGCAGGUGGGGAUUUGUGAAGGGUUGUAUGGACGGGCGCCGGUGGGAGUAUUGGUGGAUAACUUUGAUAGGGGAAAUGUUUUUGCGGCGCAGGACGCGCUGAAUGGGUUGGGUGGUCCCAUUAAAGGAGGAGGAGGAGGAGGUGAUGGUGGUGUGGGUGGUGUCAUUAGUAAGGGGAUUAAUGACUUGAAAAAUGUAUUUUAA